UGGCGUGGCCGCCCCCGCGCAGUCAGCCCUAGAGAGGCGCUCAGCACCCCCGGAUCACCGCGGAACGAGAUCAAGACUGACAACCAGUGCAGCUGUCACUAUGGGCAGCAAAACAUUGCCAGCGCCUGUGCCUAUCCACCCGUCCCUGCAGCUCACUAACUACUCCUUCCUCCAGGCAGUGAAUGGCCUGCCCACAGUGCCCUCGGACCACCUGCCCAACCUGUAUGGUUUCAGUGCCCUGCAUGCUGUGCACCUGCACCAGUGGACGCUGGGUUACCCGGCCAUGCAUUUGCCCCGCUCUUCUUUCUCCAAAGUGCCUGGAGCAGUGUCCAGCCUGGUGGAUGCUCGCUUCCAGUUGCCGGCCUUUCCCUGGUUCCCUCAUGUCAUCCAGCCCAAGCCAGAGAUCACCACUGGAGGGAGUGGUCCAGUGCUCAAGACCAAGCCACGCUUUGAUUUUGCCAACCUGGCCCUGGCUGCCACACAAGAAGAUCCUUCCAAAUUGGGCCGAGGAGAAGGUCCUGGCUCUCCUGCUGGUGGGCUGGGUGCCCUCCUGGAUGUGACCAAGCUGUCACCAGAGAAGAAGCCCACCAGGGGACGCCUCCCUUCCAAAACCAAGAAGGAGUUCGUGUGCAAGUUCUGUGGCCGCCAUUUCACCAAAUCUUAUAACCUACUUAUCCAUGAGCGGACACACACGGAUGAGAGGCCCUAUACCUGUGACAUCUGUCACAAAGCCUUCCGGAGGCAAGACCACCUACGGGACCACAGAUAUAUUCACUCCAAAGAGAAGCCUUUUAAGUGUCAAGAGUGUGGGAAAGGAUUCUGCCAGUCCAGGACUCUAGCUGUCCACAAGACGCUACACUCACAGGUGAAGGAGCUCAAAAGCUCCAAGAUCAAAUGCUAA